AUGUCUUCUGCAUUCACUACAGUCUCUCCAGUCUUUUAUACAAUCAUUACCAGUAGUGCGGUAUCAAGAUCAUCAGACGACUCUUUAGAGAAACAUUCCAGUCCAAGUCCCAUGUCUUCCUCACAAACUAAUAAACAGUGGAACGACGAAAUUACUAUUUUUGUGAUGCUCAAAUACAGAAAAUGGCAAAUGACGGGAAGAAAAGCUCAAAAUUUGAAUCAUUUUUAUAAGACGUGUACUCAAGACUUAUUGGACGUUUUUCAUAUCACAAAAACACCAACACAAAUUAGAGACAAAGUUAAUAAUACUAAAAGCUCUUUUGCUCUUUUACUCAAAAAAGAAAAACAAGGAAAUAUCGCUUGGACUAAAGAAAAGUGCGCGUCCCUCUCAAAAAACGUCUUCUGUUGCCUUGAAAAGUACUUCUCAGAGGACUUCGUCGUCGACCAGGACCAAGUCGAUAGAAUGAUCGCCAAGAUCGUCGAAAAGUAUUCAACGCACUUUUCCGUCUCUUCACUCCUCAAAAACGCUAUACUUAAAAUGAAGACAAAUUAA